AAAUCUGCUAGGUCCAAGGCAGCCGCCGCUGCCCCUUUGAUGUUUUGGUACGCCGUGCGCAUGCGCCUCACAUUAGAAUUACUGCACUGGGCAGACUAAGUUGGAUCUCCUCUCUUCAGUGAAGCCCUCAAUCCCAUCAAAAACUAAAGGGAUGUGGAGAGUUCGGAAAAAAGGCUGCUUUGGGAUCUGGCCAUUCCCCUUGCUAAUCGCCGCUGUCUGUGCGCAGAGUGUCAAUGAUCCUAGUAACAUGUCACUGGUUAAAGAGACGGUGGAUAGACUCCUGAAAGGCUAUGACAUUCGUCUGAGACCAGAUUUUGGAGGUCCCCCCGUGGCCGUGGGAAUGAAUAUUGACAUUGCCAGCAUCGAUAUGGUUUCUGAAGUCAAUAUGGAUUAUACGUUGACAAUGUAUUUUCAACAAGCCUGGAGAGAUAAGAGGCUGUCGUAUAAUGUCAUACCUUUAAACUUAACUCUGGACAACCGCGUCGCAGACCAGCUCUGGGUGCCCGACACCUACUUCCUGAAUGACAAGAAGUCGUUCGUGCACGGCGUGACCGUCAAGAACCGCAUGAUCCGCCUGCAUCCCGACGGCACUGUCCUCUACGGCCUCAGAAUCACAACCACAGCUGCCUGCAUGAUGGACCUCAGGCGGUACCCACUGGAUGAACAAAACUGCACCUUGGAAAUUGAAAGCUAUGGAUAUACCACUGACGACAUUGAGUUUUACUGGCGUGGGGAAGAUAAAGCAGUAACGGGAGUAACAAAGAUUGAACUUCCACAGUUCUCUAUUGUAGAUUACAAACUCAUCACCAAGAAGGUUGUUUUCUCCACAGGUUCCUAUCCCAGGUUGUCCCUCAGUUUUAAGUUGAAGAGAAACAUUGGGUACUUUAUCCUGCAAACGUAUAUGCCUUCCAUCCUGAUCACUAUCCUCUCCUGGGUCUCCUUUUGGAUUAAUUACGAUGCUUCAGCUGCAAGAGUGGCAUUAGGAAUUACAACUGUCCUUACAAUGACCACCAUCAACACUCACCUCCGGGAGACUCUCCCUAAAAUCCCCUACGUGAAGGCCAUUGACAUGUACCUGAUGGGGUGCUUUGUCUUUGUUUUUAUGGCCCUUCUGGAAUAUGCUUUGGUCAACUACAUUUUCUUUGGGAGGGGACCCCAACGCCAAAAGAAAGCAGCCGAGAAGGCGAGCGCCAACAGUGAUAAGAUGCGCCUGGAUGUCAACAAGAUGGACCCCCACGAGAACAUCUUACUGAGCACUCUAGAGAUAAAAAAUGAAAUGGCCACAUCUGAGGCUGUGAUGGGACUUGGAGACCCCAGGAGCACAAUGCUGGCUUACGAUGCGGCCAACAUCCAGUAUCGGAAAGCCGGGCUGCCCAGGCAUACUUUUGGCCGAAAUGCCCUGGAACGACACGUGGCACAGAAGAAAAGCCGCCUGCGGAGACGCGCCUCCCAACUGAAAAUCACCAUCCCCGACUUGACUGAUGUGAAUGCCAUAGACCGGUGGUCCCGCAUAUUCUUCCCAGUGGUUUUUUCCUUCUUCAACAUCGUCUAUUGGCUUUACUAUGUGAACUAAAACAUAGCCUCCCUCGGGAAGCAAGGACUAGAUGCCUCCUCAAACCAGUUGUACAGCCUAACGUAGGACUUGGAAACACAUCAAUCCAGGACAAAAGUGAUGCUAAAAUACCUUAGUUGCUGGCCUAUCCUGUGGUCCAUUUCAUACCAUUGGGGUUGCUUCUGCUAAGUAAUGAGUACACUGAGGGCCUUAUGAUUUUGCAGUUAAAAUGCAAGU